AUGGGAUUCGAGGUGCGCUCAAAGUCGGGUCGUCUCCGUCAUGGCCUCCUCAAACUGCCACAUGGACCGGUGUCGACCCCGGUCUUCAUGCCCGUGGGCACUCAAGGAACGAUGAAGGGAAUCCUGCCGGAUCAAAUGAAGGACCUGGGUUGCGAAAUUUAUUUGAACAACACUUAUCAUCUUGGACAUCGGCCGGGAUACAAACUGCUGAAGGCCGCCGGAGGGGUCCAUAAAUUUCAACAGUGGAAUGGGAAUUUGUUGACGGACUCGGGCGGAUUUCAGGUUCGUGAUUUUGCGAUGUUUGGGGUUUGAGGGAAACAGUUGACACCUUUUGAGACAAGUGUUUCUCUUCCGGAAAAUGUUUGAUUUUUGGAUGGUAAACUAUGCCUAUAUAUCUGAAAUGACUUUUUGAAAGAAAAAUAGGGGCAUUUACGUAGUUUAACAUAGAUUUUUCUAUCAUAAUUUUCGUUUUUUCCAAGAAAAUCAACAAUGAUGUUGUAGAUGGUGUCCUUGAGCAACUUGAUGGAAGUCACGGAGCACGGAGUCCGAUUUGAAAGCCCACAUACCAAGGAAAUGAUGGAUUUAACGCCGGAGCAUUGUGUUGAAAUCCAAGAAGCUAUUGGCGCCGAUAUCAUCAUGCAACUUGAUCAUGUCAUCCCUUCGUUAAGUACUGGCCCCAUCGUUGAAGAAGCGAUGCAUCGGUCGAUACGUUGGUAAUCAAAGAGCUAAUGCCCUUCGAAGUCCCUUGGCACAGAUAUUUAUGCGUUAAUUUCAGGUUGGAUCGAUGUAUUUCGGCUCAAACCCGCGAUGAUCAAGUGUUAUUUCCGAUUAUCCAAGGCGGUCUGGACCUGGAAUUGCGCGCCAAAUGCACGAAGGAGAUGCUGAAGAGGGUCAAGGUCGGGAUUGCAAUUGGAGGUAGCUCUUUGAAAUUGGGAAAAAUCGAAAAAUCCUAAUUUUUUCUGAUAAUUUAGUGUUAUGUUUGAUUUUGAGGUCUAAGCGGCGGCGAAUCGAAGGACCACUUCUGGCGGACGGUCGCAAAAUGCUGUGAGUUGGUCCCAGAGGGCAUUCCACGAUAUGUGAUGGGUGUGGGAUGGCCCGUGGACAUGGUUAUGGCGGCGAUUUUGGGCGCGGACAUGUUCGAUUGUGUUUAUCCGACAAGGACUGCAAGGUAGGUGAAAUUUCCCUUGCUAAAUGGAAGAAUUAUACCUUAAUAGGGUCAGAAAUUCAAUUUACAUCGAUCUGUGGGACUUUUUGAGUCGGCUUUGACCUUGUACUAGACAAAAUUUGCAAUUUUUUUUAUAGUUUUUUCAAUUUUUUUGACGAUUCUUACUGGUUGUUAGAUUUGGCACGGCUAUAACUCGAAAGCACGGUGAACUUAACCUAAAUCAGACACGCUUCGCUAAAGACUACGACCCGAUUGAUAGAGAUUGCACCUGUGUGACUUGCCAAAGACAUUCCAGAAGCUAUCUGCACAAUAUUAUUGGACAAGUAAGUGUCAAAAAGUCUUGCAAGAAGUCAAAAAAAGGGCUUGGAAUAACGUAAUUCGCGUUGUUUGUAAAUAAUUCGGGGUUUUUGAACUUUUAAAAACGUCAAAAAGUCGUUGAAAUUGCAAUUUCAACCAUCAAACCCACAUGACCUUUGGUUUUCGCUUUUUUUCGAUUUCAUUCGUUGAAAGGCACCCGCCGCCACGUGGGUGAGUGUUCCCCGGACCAAGUGGGCACAACUGUCAGACGAACACACAAGUGUUUUGAUGACGAAACUUGCACUUUUAAUAGAGGAAUCACGUAAAUCCGACGAAAAAUUGGACUCUUGAUUGAAGAGACCUCGUGCUUUGCCUUGGCAUGAGGCUAGGUGAGAGAUUGAGGUAUUAUUGGAAGCCUGUAGGGGCUAGACAUUCUGCACUGUUCGAUUUGAAGUUGAUCUUGCACAGGGCAAUCGAUAAAGUGAACUUUUCGCACAGUGCAGUAAAAAAUCUCAUUUUUUUGCUUGCGCAGUGCAAAAAUUGCAUCCUCUGGACUAUAAUGUCUCAGUGAUUAUAACUUACUGUUGUGAAGGGUGGCUUAUUUUAGAGGUUAAUUGAAAGGCAACCCGUCCAAAUGGUAGGCGGCAUAAAAAGUAAGCUGUGACUAGCCAUUUGGAUGAGUUGCAUAUCAAAUUAACCUCUUAAAUAAGCCACUCUUCACAACAGUAAGUUAUAAUCACUGAUAGAUUAUAGUCCAGGGGAUUCAAUUUUUGCACUGCGCAAGCAAAAAAGAUACGAUUUUUAGCUGCACUAUGCGAAAAGUUUACUUUGGCGAUUGCAUUGUGCAAAAUCGACUCCAAAUGGAACAGUGCAGAAUUUCAAGCCCCUACAGGCUUGUAAUAAUACCUCAAUCUCUCACUUAAGUUCAUGCCAAGGCAAACCACGAGGUCUCUUCAAUCAAGAGCCUAAUUUUCGUCGGAUUUACGUGAUUUCCUGUAUGAAAAGAUCAAGUUUCUACUAAUAACUAUAGUGCGGGACCUGAUCCAGUGGCUAAAAACAUAUCAUUUUGCAUCCGGGAAGUAUCAGAAAUGUGGCAAAAUGCUUCCCUCUCCAAGUGAAAAAAACUGAGAUUUCAAAAGCGCGCCCGCUCUUUUUUAUGAGGGAAAGGGCGCGCCCUUCAAAAUUGAGUUUUUUUAGUUGGAGAGGGAGGCAUUUUGCCACAUUUUUGAAGCUUCCCGGAUGCAAAAUGGUACAUUUUUUGCCACUGGAUCAGGCCCGUCACUGUAAUUUCGUCUCUAUGAUGUUUUUUGAUCAAAAGUCAAAUUUUUCCCUGCGGGGGCUAGCAGGGAUUGAUUUUUUUGCCCAAUGGAAUCAACCGUCACCUUAUUUUUGACUAAACUUUACUGAAUUGGUCCAACAAUUACAUCAAACCAUUCCAAACCCUUCAUUAAACUUUCGGCUAAAAGUCAAACCGAAUUACAGUCGCUGCUCUCAACGGCUUUUGUCGUGGAAAUGGUCCGUCUGUCUUACAUCAUGUUGCAUCAGGUUUUCAAUGAAAUUGCAGGGUUCGGGGAUUCCUUUUCUUGGCUUUUUCUUUGCUUUCACUGAUUUGUUAUCAGUGAAUUUUUAUUAUAGGUGCUUGAGGAAGGCCGCAAAAAAUCACGUAAAUGAGAUUUUUAAGUCAGAACGUGAAGGAUGACUUCAAAUUUGGAGGAAUUUUGAUCGAAAAAUUUGAAUUAGACUCUAAAAUGCAUAUUUAACUAGGUUUUACAUCAAGAUCCUACUUUUUCAACGGCUAAAUUAGUGAAUUUACCAUUUUACACUAGAAAAAUCGAGAAAAAACAAACAUUUUUUUGCAAAAUUUGAUAUUGUCAUAAGUCUGCCCUAUCAACUGUAGAUGUAAUAUUACAGUCGAAUUCCGAAAAGGUCUUUCCCGAACUUUAAACCCCUUCAAACUUUGGCUUUACACCCAAUGACCUUCACAAUCAUGUUAUUUCAUAUCAGUUUACAAAAAGACUAGCCUUCUUCGCCGAUAAAAUCGAAUCGAAACUUUCGCCGGAAAACAGAAACCCAGACUACGAAAAAGCCAGAAACUUUUUGAGCAACUGAAAACUUUCAGGAAGCCGUCGCCUGUCAUCUCAUUUCCAUCCACAAUAUUCACCAUCACUUGGAGUUGAUGCGGCGAGUCCGCAAAGCCUGCGAUGAGGAUAAGGUCCACGAAUUUUUGAAGGAAUUCGUCGAGGAACAGUAUCAAUCCGCUGGGCAGGCGCCAAAAUGGGUGCAGGAAGCGUGUGAAUACGCGGGAUAUCCGAUAAUUUGA